ACGUCAUCUCGAGCGAUUUUCAUAUUUUCGUAUUCUUGACGCUUUAAACCGUUCGAGUGGGUGACUCACACUGUCACAUGUCGAGCGCUUUCAGUCGAUCAGUUUUUUUUCAGUGACUUGAGUUGUGCGAUCCUUUUAAACUGAUUUUUGGUGAUCUUACUCGUAUAUUUUCCUAAAGUAUAGGCAAUAAAUAAAACCGUCACGCUUUUCGUGAGUAUUUUAUGCAUCCUUCACCUUGUUUCUCAGUGUUUAUAUGAUUUAUGAAUGAAAUCUAACCUCGCUUUUGAUAAAUUUUCGUGCUCGUUCUCCUGUGAUUUCUAGGCGAUUUUUAUUAUUUAUUUAUACGAAACUGUUUAUUAAACUUCCUUCUUUUUAACGAUUAUCAUUUUGCUCGCGAAAGUGUGCAUAAUCCGUGUGAAGUGUACAAUUUCUACACCUCUGUUUUUACCACAGUUUUGCUAAGUAUAUAAAGAUUCAUUCAAGAAAUUAAAAUGGACGAACUGGUUAUGUUGGAUUUGCUGGACGCCGAAGAGGAAGCAGAAGAAGUUGUCCGUGUUCAAAGACCCCGGGCUGACGCAAUUGCCAUUCUUAGCGAUGUCCAGUUUAAAAACAUGUUUCGUUUUCCCAAGGAACUGUUUAGGAUUAUUGUGGAGGUGUUGUCCCCCCAUAUGAGACCAACAAAUCGAGCUUCAGAUUUGGAGAUUCCCAUUCGUAUAUUGAUUGCAUUACGCUUUUUUGCUUCGGGAUCUUAUCAGAUGGAUGUAGGCUCCAACUUGUUCAUGUCUGUCUCCCAACCGACUGUAAGUCGAUGCAUCAGUGAAGUGAGCGAUGCUUUCAAUGUCCCAGCGAUUUUCAAUCGAUUUGUAAGAUUCCCUCAUAACUUCGAGGAACUGGACCGAGUACGAAUGGGUUUUUUCGAAAAGUACAACUUCCCUGGUGUUGUCGGCUGUAUAGAUUGUACUCACGUGGCAAUUGUGGCGCCCCCCGCGGAAGAUCCCGAUCGACCAGGACACUUGUACAUAAAUCGCAAAGGAUUUCAUUCGAUAAACGUUCAGCUCAUUUGCGAUUCAAAUCUUAAGAUAUUGAACGUAAAAGCAUCUCAUCCUGGAAGUACCCACGAUGCAUUCAUUUGGAAUAAUUCUAAUGUCCAAGAGGUAAUGCGUACCAUCCAUGCAGAGAGACGAGGAACCUAUUUUUUACUUGGAGAUAGUGGUUAA